UUGAAAGUCACAGAAGAAGAGUCAAAGGGUUGACGGGAGUUCUGGUGAUACUCCGGUCCAACAACAACAAAUAAUGGUCGUACAUUUGACGAUGAAUUGAUUGGCGUUUAGCCCAGCACGAUAACCGAAUACGAUGGAGGAGUCUUGGGAUUUUGAGUUCUUGUCCCGUAUGGCAGAUAGUUGUGUUUCGUUUCUGUCGGAGUUUAUUGAAGACUGGCUUGCCAAUGACAUGAGAGUGUCCAUAUUUAAAAUCUUACUUGGCUGGUUAAUUUUGAGCCUAAUAGCUAUCCACUUCGCAUGGAAAAUCUACGGCAAUACAGUGAAUGAUAUGUAUUACAGACAAGGUACUGGACAGAACGGAGGCUCACCUGAUGCUGCACCUCAUCUAAGCGGAUGGCAAAGUGCAAAAGAUGAUGUCAAGACUCAUCGGGAGUAACCAGCAGUCGGCCUAUUAAUGCUACUAUUUAUUGCAUGACCCCUAAAUGGUCAUUGUCAAUGAGCCGCAAUUACCUUGCUUGCACCUAUGGGACCAUCUGAUCUUCGUAACAACAACAGCAACGUGUGUGUAUUGGGUUUGACCCAUUUCAUAACCAACACAUUCCACCAUACUGCGUUGCCCCCCAACCCUGCAUGGCCGCGACAACCCUGCAUGUUUCCUCCUAGUGCGGACCAGCGACCUGACAGCAAGGAAAGACAGAUCCCCCAGUCAUGUAGUGGUCACUGCCGAAGGCGGCACAAACUUUAAAAGUUGCCUUGUGGGAAGGAGCCUCAAUCCAGCUCCAUUUAUUUUCUUGCUGGACAAUGCAGCUCUACGGUGCACCCUCAAGCUCAGUGUGCCACCUAGACCAUGGUGGUCGUGAUACACAAUAAUUAUUAUACCUCCUGAUAACUGAUCCUGGCCCAAAACCUUGGGCCACUUUGGCAACACUCUUGGGCCCAACAGGCACUUCAAUUAGUGCAACCAAUCCUUUCAAUCUGAGAAUUUAUACAAAUUGGUUGUGAUGACACAAUUGAAAUAAUAAAUAAACAGAAAACAUGAA